UUCCCUCUUCUCCCCCUCGCGGACGCCUUCGCUCUGGUUGGAAGGUUUCGAGAAACUCCCCGGCUCGAGGAGAUCAGGAGCGAGAGGAUGAUGGGAGGGCGCGCGCUGCUGCUGCUGCUCGUCUCGGCGCUGCUCGUUCAGAUCCGCGCCUCCGACCCGCUGCUGUACGAGUCGUUCGACGAGGACUUCGAGGGGAGGUGGGUCGUCUCCAAGAAGGACGAGUACCAAGGUGUGUGGAAGCGUGCCAAGAGUGAUGGGCAUGAGGACUAUGGCCUCCUUGUUAGUGAGAAGGCCAGGAAAUAUGCCAUAAUCAAGGAGCUUGAUGAGCCAGUUACUUUGAAGGAUGGCACAGUAGUCCUGCAGUUUGAAGUAAGGCUCCAGAAUGGCCUUGAGUGUGGAGGUGCAUAUAUUAAGUACAUCCGCCCUCAGGAGUCCGGAUGGGAUGCCAAGGAGUUUGAUAACGAGACUCCAUACACUAUCAUGUUUGGUCCAGACAAGUGUGGGUCAACCAACAAGGUGCAUUUCAUCCUUAAGCACAAGAGCCCCAAGACUGGAAAGUAUGUCGAGCAUCACCUCAAGUUCCCACCUUCAGUCCCAUAUGACAAGCUCUCUCAUGUCUACACGGCUAUCUUGAAGCCUGACAAUGAGGUGAGAAUUUUGAUCGAUGGGGAGGAAAAGAAGAAGGCAAACUUCCUGUCUGCUGAUGAUUUUGAGCCAGCGCUCAUCCCACCCAAGACCAUUCCAGACCCUGAUGACAAGAAGCCAGAGGACUGGGAUGAGAGAGCUAAAAUCCCUGAUCCGAAUGCAGUGAAGCCUGAUGACUGGGAUGAGGAUGCCCCGAUGGAAAUUGAGGAUGUGGAAGCCACCAAGCCUGAGGGAUGGCUGGAUGAUGAGCCUGAGGAGAUUGAUGAUCCUGAGGCAAGCAAGCCUGAGGACUGGGAUGAUGAGGAGGAUGGUGAAUGGGAGGCACCAAAGAUUGACAACCCUAAGUGCGAAGAGGCACCUGGAUGUGGCGAGUGGAAGAGGCCAAUGAAGCAGAACCCAGCUUACAAGGGCAAGUGGCAUGCACCCCUGAUUGACAACCCCAACUACAAGGGAAUCUGGAAGCCUCAGGAGAUCCCCAACCCUGAGUACUUUGAGCUUGACAAGCCCGACUUUGAUCCAAUUGCUGCUAUUGGAAUUGAGAUCUGGACGAUGCAGGAUGGCAUCCUGUUUGACAAUAUUUUGAUUGCUGAUGAUGAGAAGGUUGCCACCUCCAUCCUUGAGAAGACCUGGAAGCCCAAGUACGAAGUUGAGAAGGAAAAGGAGAAGGCUGAGGAGGCUGCUGCUGCAGCAGAUGGUCUUUCUGAGUUCCAGAAGAAGGUUUUUGACAUCCUAUACAAGAUUGCUGAUGUUCCAUUCUUGGCACCCUACAAGACCAAGAUCAUUGAUGUGAUUGAGAAGGGAGAGAAGCAGCCCAACAUCACUCUUGGCAUUUUGGUUUCGGUUGUCGUCGUCUUUGUGACCGUGCUCUUCAGGAUCCUGUUCGGUGGCAAGAAGCCUGCGGCUCCUGUGAAACCUGCAGUUGAGGUGAAGAAGCCCAAGGCCACUGAGACUGACGGUGCUGGAAGCAGCGGCGACAAGGUGGAGAAAGAGGACGAGAAGGAGGAAACCGCAGCGCCACGCCGGAGGUCCCGGAGGGAGACAUAGACUCGAGUCUUAUUUUUGACGUGUUUGGCCAUUCUGGCCCCUGCUUUUUUUGAGAACUCGCCUCUUAAUAUUUUGAGUGUAUAAUAGGAGCGUCAUGUCACCUCUGCUGCUUCCCAGCUGAUGAUUUGUUGUUUACAUGGUUAGACCACCAGGACCCUUCACGAGCAGUAGAAGUUAGUUGGUGUCGGUCGUUUGUGUGCUGUGCCUGACAUUUAUAAUCACUUGAAUCAGAUAGAGGUGAUUGUUUUCUGGUAGAUCAAACGAAGGAACAUUUCAGAUUUUGCAA